AAAGCGGGGAACACUUGGGUUGUGAAAACACCUGCUCAGGUGUAAUGUGCACAAAACAAGCGAGAUCACAUUCCUUCCUCAAACACGGAAACAAGCUGGAUUCGCCGUAAAUCAUUGAGGUUUAACAGGUUUAGCCUUGACAGGCAGGGAUCAUUUUYCCCCUCUGACAUAAUUCAUGCCGCGUUGUUUCCUCGUACAUCGUUCUGAUUUGGUUUGGUCGCGAGGAGAAACACCUGUAGCGACAGGUGUGCUGCCUGAAGAAGAGGCGCUCGGAGCUAAAGAAAAACGGAUUAUUUGUUUUGAAAACAUGAUCGCUCCUUACCGAGAUGUGGACUGAGUGGAUUUUUAUUAGCCUUUUGGUUCUGCCCUGCGCAGUCUCCACUUCGAUUCCAGAACCGACUGAAGUCAGCUUCUCCUCUGUGAACCUGAGGAACGUGCUGCACUGGUUACCAGGAGAUGAUUCGCCAAACACAAUAUUUACAGUGGAAUAUGCUGUCUAUGGAGAACCCAUCAAGAACCGCAAGGGAAAACUGAAAGACUGGAGACCAGUUAAGCUGUGCAGGAAAAUAGCACGGACUUGGUGCGACCUGAGCACUGAGACGCAGGAUGUGGAUCAAGGAUAUUUUGCCAGAGUCCGUGCUGUUAGACCACAAUCAACUUCAAAUUGGGUUUUGACACCAAGAUUUGAUCCAAAGUCAGAAACUGUUUUUGGCGCCCCGGAGGUUUCUGUGGAAAUAGAGAACAACAGCGCCGUUAUCAGUCUGAAGGGACCGAUGAGGCAUUUAGCAAACAAUCACACCUCAGUGCUUACUCCUAUGAAGCACAUCUACCACCACAUGUCUUACAACCUCUCCAUCCACAAUACCCACCUCAACCAGAUGCAACAUAUUCCAGUGGUCAACAGCCCGUACAAAUAUCAGCUGAUGGAGUACAACACAAAAUACUGCUUCUCUGCCAAAGCAAGGUUCCUCUCCAUUCAGAGGAAAAGCGAGUCCUCCGUGUGGCACUGCAUCACCACGCCUAAAGAUCCUGUGAUUGAGCAGCUGCAGAGUUCACUUGUGGGGAUUGUCGUCCCAGCUCUGUGCAUUUGUGUAUUUGUGGUAGUUGGAUACAUUCUCUAUCACUACCUUGCCGGGAACGACCAGAAGAGUCCAUAUAUACUAAGCGUACCUUCCUUUUACCCUCCUCCGCAAGAGUACCCUGCAGACGUUACCAACCUUGUGACCGUUAGAGAACUGCCACGUUAUUGUCCUAAGAUUUCGCCAAACAUUAUUUUAAAUCCCCCGCCCAUAUACACCCCUCAAAACCCUGAGCAUGAUUUAGAAGAWGACUAUGGUGAAGUUGGCAGAGCAGAGGAUGAUGAAAGAGACAAUCAGAAUAUUCUGACAUGUGAGAAACCCGAACAAUCAGUCGGUGUUUAUGUGCAUCAGGAAAAUACCUGCGUCUGCCGUAAUUUGGACGACACAGGGUAUAAAUCACAAGCCCCACAACAGGCAGAGGCUGUCCCUCUAUUACAGGCGCACCUGUGGCCGGAGGUAAGUUUGACUUUACCACUGGCACCAGUUCCAUCUUCUCAGGAGUCAGUAACAGGUGAAAGGCUAGAUGGGGAGACUUCAGGUUUGUUUUUCAGCAGAAACCUAUUAACCGGCCUCUUCGGUGUCCAACUGAACAUGCAAAAACAGAAGGAGGUAGAAGACAGGAGACAGACAGAUGGAAGAGAACUGGGAGGUCAGGAGGGAAGAAACAGAAGCGAGAAUAUUCCUCUGCUUUCCAGCUACGCUCCUCGGAAUGUCCCAAACGUGCCUCCGGUCCAGUCUGAGGAGUCUGAUUUUUCAGAAGACUACUCCUGUGUUGUGAUUCAACCCGAAGCUCAGCCAGCAGAGCAAAACGAGUCUAGAGAUGAGCGGGAGGGUGGAAACACAUGUAAUUACUGGAGCAACGAGAUCAGGCAACCAGAGCUGCCACAGCUACAGGGAGACGAAGACACAAAUGCAAACUCCAUUUUUAGCAAAUGGGAAUUGGUUGUCCAAGAYGAGUAGAAGAUAUUCAUAAAUAUAUUAUCUCAGGUAACAGUAGAAGCACCAGAGGAGUUCUCUAACCACUUGUGUUUGACUCUUUUCGGGUGAGCCAGUAUCAUACAUACUGCUCCAGUGGGAGAUUUACGUUCCACGUGUUGAUCCUAUCUUUAUGAUUGCAAAAGGUCAUUUCAGGUCACAGCCUGAUAUUCAUCACUGACCUSAUUCUUUUCAAAUUCUGUGAGCUAUCAUUCGGGUUGAUCACAACCCUAAUUUUUAAAACAACAACAACAACAAAGAAGUACUUAAAUGUAAUCAAUUAGCAAGAAAUUWAGGGUCGAGUGCCAUUUUUAGAGAAAAAAUAAGACAAACAAUGCUUUGCAGCAUAUGAUAUAUUCUUUUCAAGUGCUGAAAAAAACUAUUUUAAUAGUGGUCAUCCUUGACAAUUGUGCAAAAACAUCUUUACGUUGAUGUUUUGAACUGCAUGACUAAGUACUGUAAGUAUGUGUUUACUCUAAAGGAAAAUUCCAGUGAAAGCACUCAAACUUUUCUUGACAGAGACAUAGAGAACUCAAACUCAUUUUCUAUUUAUGGUAAUAAAAAAAUUGAAUCCUAAUGAAAUCUGUCAGUGGACUUGUGAAUGAUUAAGGGGUAAACUUAGUAUUUUUGUAAAAGUUCAAGGAGAACAAACAGCACUUUAUUCACUGCCUUAAUAUUUUUGUUUGAAGGAAUUGUGUAACUCCAAAGUUUGUGUCACUGUUCUCUGUAACCCAGCCUCAUUGUUAUUUGAUUUCUUUCAUGUUUCCGUCCUCAGURUUACCCGCAUUGUCAUUCUGUUGUUCUGGUUUUAGUCUGAAACUUGCCGGCAUGUUUUUCAUCUGACACAUUCAGWUGGGCGUGUGAGGGUGAUUCAUGCUCAUUUACAAGCUUGUUUGGUACUGUUACCUCCACACGCAGGCUACUAUGAUAAUACAUUUAUUGAGAGUAAAGAACAGCCAAUGCUUUCAUUUUCUUUUUUGUAUYCUCAUUUAAAGAAAAAGCUUAAAGUAGGCAUUACCAAAUGAAGGAUAUGUAGGUUUUUUGUAUUGCUCUGUUUUUCUGAUUAUGUCAAACAUCUAAUUUAUACAUACGUGACUAUAAGUUUUUUAUUUGGUUUGUAUCAGUAUAACUGUCUUUAUGCCACAAGAAGGAGGCAGUAUAAAACACUUAAAGUAUAUUUAGUUUCACUUGUAAAAUUUGUGUUGACGAUAAACUCGAUUCUUGUAAUUAAACUSUGGGGAAACAUUGAUUUAUAUUUUUGCAAUGUAAACAUUUUGAUUCAAUUCAAAUUCAAUUCAAAAAUACUUUAUUGAUCCCAGAGGGAAAUUAGGUAAAGAUGCAUAGCAAAAUGAAUGUAUGCACUAAUAAACUGAAUGAAUUUGC